CUGUUGAUGUUUUGUUGCGUGAAGAAGGCUGGUUGCCGGAGGACCGGUGAUGAUGAUAUAACACAGCCAUUCCUAUAGCACACGCUCUGGAGGAUGCGUGCUGUUCGUAACAUCUUUGGAAAUCGAAUCAGAAAACUAGACUUCUAUUCUGUACUAAGUUUCUACUCGCUUAAUCGAGUAAAUUAGGGAAAAAGAUCACCGCAAAAAAUCGCACACCAAGUCGGAGCUUUGACAGCUACGCGCGCGUGGUGCAGUACUAGAGCUGCCCUCGUAUAGGGGAUGUAAACAAACAACUGUCAAAUCCCGCUCGCUAACAAGAAGUCACAACAAACCGAGCUUCAAAACACGUGCGCAGUGUUUUCCGCGACAAUAAUUUGAAAGUUUUAUUAGAAAAACUGUUCAAAAUGAAUACAAAAGUGAAGCUAAAAGAAGUGUACGAGCUCAAACAACAGUACAAAGCCUUCUACACCGGUGGCACAGUAGCGUGGAAGCCAGAUGGGCAGCAAUUUCUGUGCCAAAACCAAGGCACCAUAAGCAUAGUAUCGAUCGACAAUCUGCACAAACCAAUCACACUCGGUGAAGAGCAAACGGAUAGCGAAAUCGCCGAAGAUGUCAUCUUCACCUUCGCGAUCAGCAACAUGGGAACGAGCAUCGUAUCCGGCCAUCGGUCCGGUUUGCUGAAGCUUUGGGAUGGCGAAACACACACCGUACAGAAGAUGUGGAAAACCAUGCACCAGGGUCCAAUCUCACGGUUGGUGUUUAAUCCAUCGGACAGUGUGAUUGCGAGCGGCGGUACCGAUUCGACCAUCCGCCUUUGGGAUCCGAACGAGCAGGUUUGCCACGGAACGGUACGCGGUUGCGAAGGAAUGAUAAACGUGAUAGUGUUUCACCCGGACGUGGACAGCAAAAUCUUGGUGGCAGUCGGUGACGAUACGAAGAUACGCGCCUGGAACUACGAGACGCGCAAGCUGAUCAAAACCUUCGAAGGACACUUUUCGCGUGUGACCGGUGUAUCGUUUUCGCAGGACCGCACGCACAUCGUUUCGUCCGGCAGGGAUAAAAUUCUCAUCCUGUGGAACUUUGAAACGCAGCAAGCCGUUAAAACGAUCCCGGUGUACGAAUCGCUUGAAUCAGUAACGGUACUACCGACCGGCAUAACGAUCGGUGGUAUUAAACUGAAGAAAGAGAAGGUUUAUGCUGCGUGCGGAGGUGAGGAUGGCGUGGUGAAGGUGUGGGAAAUGACCGGCGCAAAGAUAGUCUUCAAGCAGUCGAACAGUCUGGUGGCGAAGGCAUCGGAGGAAGGUGGCCUUGCGAUAACAUAUCUGUUCUACAGCGAAUCGCUCGGUCGGAUGGCUAUUGUGUCGGCAGACCACAACAUUCUGGUGCAUGAGUGCGAAAGCUUCGAAUGUGCUCACCAGCUGUCUGGGUUUAGCGACGAAAUUCUUGAUUUGAUUCUGGUCGGCAAGAACGAUCGUUACCUUGCGAUGGCCACCAACAGUAACGACUUUAAGGUGUACGACGUUAACACGAUGAACUGCCAGCUGGUAAAGGGUCAUACCGAUAUCGUAAUGUCGCUGGCCGCCAACGAUCGGUACAUCCUUUCUUCGUCGAAAGACCACUCGAUCCGGUUGUGGAGCUUUAGCGAAGACCCGUUCGCUAUUCAGUGUGUCGCAAUCGGUCUGAAACACACGAACGUGGUCGGAUGCGUUACGCUGAGCAAGCAUGAGGGUAGCUUGUGUGCUAGCGUAAGUCAGGACCGUUGCUUGAAGACGUGGAAGAUUCCGAAAAAGUUUGAAGAGCAAACGGACAACGAACUGCCCCGGCUGCAGUGUUUGCUGACCGAACUGGCCCACGAGAAGGACAUCAACUGUGUGUGCAUUUCACCGAACGAUCGAUUGAUAGCGACGGGUUCGCAGGACAAAACUGCAAAACUGUGGGACGCCAGCGAUCUGAGCGUGGUAGGAGUUUUCCGUGGCCAUACGCGUGGAAUCUGGGCGGUACGAUUUUCUCCCGUGGAUCAAAUCCUCCUCACCAACGCAGCCGAUUGUUGCAUCAAGCUUUGGUCGCUGGAAGAUAUGACCUGCCUGAAAACAUUCGAAGGACACGACAGUUCGGUGCUGCGUGUGGAAUUUCUUUCCAACGGUAUGCAGCUGCUCUCGGCGGGUGCAGACGGACUGCUGAAACUUUGGUCGAUCAAAACGUCCGAAUGUGUGCAGACUCUGGAUCGUCACGAGAACCGUAUCUGGGCGUUAUGUGUAACACGCGACGAGAGCCAGUUCUACAGUGGCGGUUCCGAUUCGCAGCUCAUCCAGUGGCACGAUGUAACGGAAAUUAAACGGCAGCAUGAAAUGGACCAGCGCAAGGAAACGCUGCUGCAGGAACAGGAGCUUAACAAUUUGCUUAGGGAGCGAAAGUUGCUGAAAGCGCUACGCCUGUCCCUGAACCUCGAUCGACCACUGAGCACGUUGAAGAUUGUGAACGAAGUAAUCAAAUCGCAGGAGCAAGGCCUGGACGAUACCGUCCGCAAGCUGUCGAACGAUCACAAAGAACGUCUGCUGCGGCACGCGAUCGAGUGGAACACGAACAGUAAAAAUUGUCGUCCCGCGCAGCUGGUGCUGCAAGUGCUGCUGCAGGAAACGCUUGCCGGACGGUUUCAGGUGAGUGAGCUCAACAAACACCUGGAAGCAUCGCUCCCGUACACCGAUCGACACUUUAAGCGGCUCACCGAGUACAUGAAGGAUUUAAAGUUUGUCGAGUACUCGCUGCACUGUAUGCAACCUCAUGCGACCAAGAUGGAUUGAAUGUGUGGGGGAAUGUAAGAAAAACAAAUAAAGGAUAGCGUAAGCUGGACGCGUAGUUGGUCCCUUAAAA